UCCACCCAUCAACUCUAUUCUGUUACUUUCGCCAGUGCGACGCUAAACCCCACCUCCGCCCGCCAAAUAGUUAUGCCGACGUGCACGAGCCCAGUGACAAUGACGUCGAUCUGUUGCGCCUGUUCCCAAUCGGGCACUUCCGCUCAUGGCCAGAGAAACACUCGUUGAGACUUUGGAAUGGUGGAAGCUGGCUUUCACCGCGCUGAUCAGAUACAAUUAUCACAACAUGUCUUCUCUAAGUGGGAUGAAUUGGUCCCUUUUCCUUUUCACUGAUCAACGGCAUAUCAUUCCAUCAUCAACUGAUGCGCAUAAUUACAUAUUCUUACAUCAAUCCAUUGUUGACUUCAAUUCCCUCCUCCUUCUCCGUCGACCGUUGGUCCUGAUUUGGACGGCACGAUGAUCUCCAAAUCCCUACGUAGCCUUCGACCUAGACACUUCAAUUCCUGCGCGGUAAAUCUUCCGAGCAGCCAUUCCCGCCAUGCCACAUCCAUGGCCGCCAUGAACAACCUAGGCAAAGCCGAGGGCGAUAUUUCCGACACAUUCACUUCUCUUUCUGGGAAGAAGACUCCGCCCCUGCCGGACCGGUUCCGCGAGCUCAAGCUCCGCCUGGUUAGCGGCCACGAGGACGCAGUUAUCGCGAGCUGGAAGCGCCUGCUCGCUGCGCUGCAAAAUGAGAACGAGCUCAUCGCACGCACCGGGCCCGCCAUCAUCCCUGAAGUUCGCUUCAGCCAUCUUCAAGACGAUCUCGAAGCCUUGAAACCCGAAAUCAAGAAGCGCGGCGUGGCCGUGAUCCGCGGCGUCAUCCCGGAGGACGAAGCCAGAUCCUACAAGUUUGAAAUCGAAGAAUAUGUCCGCCAGAACCCCCACACCCGCGGCUUCCCGCCGAGCGAACCGCAGGUUCUCGAAGUCUACUGGUCGCCGGCACAGGUCCGCGCCCGUGCCCACCCGAACCUGCUGGCCACGCAGCGCGCGCUCAUGACGACCCUCUGGCACGCGGCGUCGGACCCGUCGGCGCCCGUGUCGAUGCACACACCGCUCAGCUACGCCGAUCGGCUGCGGAUCCGGCGGCCGGGCGACGCGCACUUCGCACUCGGGCCGCACCAGGACGGCGGCAGCGUCGAGCGCUGGGAGGAGCGCGGGUACGGCCGCGGCGGGGUUUACGACGCCGUCUUCCGCGGCCGCUGGGAUGGCGGGAAUUCAAAGAAAGCAGGGGAAGGAGGAGCCGGGUACGACCCGUUCGACGCGGCGCCGCGCGUCCGCGCCGUGACCGACCUAUACGGCGGGCUCGGCGCCUGCAGCAUGUUCCGCAUGUUUCAGGGUUGGUUGGCUAUCAGCCGGAGUGGCCCUCUGCAGGGGACGCUGCUGGUGAACCCCUUGGUGAAAGAGACCGGGGUGUACGCGCUGCUGAGGCCCUUCUUUGCGGCGAAGAGAGGGCUGGAGGAGCUCGAUGGCAAUAGGGAGAGAUAUCUGGACGAGGACAACUGGGAGUUUACUGGCGGGGAGCGGAUGACGAGUGAGAUCCAGGGUGCGGCCAUGGGGUGUGCGCAGGAGUUUCCAGAGGGGGCGCACCCGCAUCUAGAGCUGGAGAAGACCAUGGUGCACGUGCCCGAGGUGAGGCCAGGGGACUACGUGGUGUGGCAUUGCGACACAAUCCACGCCGUCGACAAGAAACACGCCGGCACCAGUGACUCCAGCGUCCUGUACAUUCCCGUGUGCCCGACCACAGUAGCCAGCGCCGAGUACGUUGCUCGCCAGCGAGCCGCCUUCCUUCGGGGCACACCUGCCCCUGACUUCCCGGGCGGCGAGGGAGAGUCGAGGCAUAUCGGGAGGGCCACGGAGGAGUACGUGAAGAAGUACUGCGACCCUCUCGGAGUCCAAUCGAUAGGUCUCGACAGGCUUGCUACGGUGGAGGAUGACACCCCUGGUGGAAAGGCGGCGGUCGAAGAGGCAAAUCGGGUGCUGGGAUUUUAAAGCACAUAUGAUAUACGCGUCGCGCGAAAGCAAAUAUGAGGUGUCAGAAGCUGUGGAGCUUCCAAACAUAUUAGCCACGCGUUUGCCACAGCUAUAUAAGGCUGUUCAACGCAUUGGCUAGUCCGUUUGUCUAUAAAUACUACUCUUUUUGUCUCCUUUGUAGAUAGUUUUAACAAG